UGUGCCGCUCUCGCUCCCGACUUACACCUCGAUUCGUCUCUUGCCCCGACCUUGGAGUUGCAGAUCGCGUGAUCUUGUCCCUACUGCAGUAGAAUUAGUCCACAAAUUCAUAUCUAGUUGUGUUCUUCCGGAAUAUGAGCAGGAAUCCUCGGCUUAGAAUACAAUUUCGAUUCCUGGCGCCCUGAAGAAUUGGAUCAAAAUGGGUCACACUAAGAGCUUCUCGGUAGCGGCACCGGUAAACGACGAUUUCGAAUUCGACGAAAGCUACUUCAGGCAAUUCUACAAGCCGUUAUCAAACCUGCCUACACCGCCUCCUUCUACUCGUAACUCGUCUGCGAGCCAGAGUCCUCGAAUAUCCAUCGACGAUACUGCUGGCCCUAAUUCCCAGUUUUUAGGUCCAGCUGCCCACCUAGCGAGGAUGCUCCCCCCAGGGGCUUCCUUCAUCACACCAUCCAUUCCCACAAUUCAGCAGAUGCUCGCCAGAGCCAAUCUCCCCAUGGACAUCAUUGCCCUGGCCGUCUGCAUUCUAGACUCGUUGGAUUCCAAGUUCUCCCGCAAAUGGCGUGUAGCAUUCCCGUUAAGUCGCCAGGGUCAGCCAGCCUCGAAACGACAUACGCUUCCUUCGGCCCCCAGCCAUGCAACACACAUCAACUCUGUGUUUCCCGAGAUCAUCGUCCUCGCGGCAUUAAUGGUUGCCGACAAGUUUGUGGAGGACCUACAGAGCCCAACACAAUACUUCGCCUCGAACUGGGGCAACAAUCUGUGGACCUGCGAGCAGGUCAACUUCACCGAGCGUUGCAUCAUGGAGAACCUAGGCUAUCGGAUCUUGCCUUUAUGGGAACCCGCGCUAAUCAAGCAGGCCCGGCAUGAUAUCGAAAUGGCACGACGGGAGAUUAUCCAAGAGAGCACAGGGUGUCUCGGUGAGGACGGCAGAAAGCACUUCAAGUCGAUGAGCUCGGGCCAUGCCGUUGUAGGUCUAGGCCUGCAACUCACGCCUGCAGCCACACCCGACUCGGAACGAGCGACAUCCUUUGACCAAAUCUAAUGGGCUGCUGCUGCUGCUGUUGCUGCUGCUGCAUUUGACGCUGUCCGACGCCGGUGCCCACAAUCGGCUGACUGCUGGCUGGAUCGGUGCCUGCAGGCGCGUCCGCAUCUUUACCUUUCCCACCGCUCGUAAUACCCUCUUUAUAAGACGCAAUCGCGUCUGUUAUUUAGAAAAUGGACAAUAUCCAGAUUUUGUCCGAUGGCGCCAUCGUGAUUCCUCCUUCU